GCGUGUAUUGGGUAUGCGCCUAUAUUGCAAGGAAAGGAAUUAACCGUAAAUCAGUCAGUGGUCGUAGAGAAAAGGUCAACUGCUAAGCACAAAAUUGUCUGCAGUUUACACCAGAAAUGGCGGGUAAAACCGCCCCAGGUUCAUCCCUUCGACUAGAAUGGGUGUAUGGAUAUAGAGGACAUCAAUGUCGAAAUAAUCUUUUCUACACCGCUUCUAAAGACGUGGUAUAUUUUGUGGCGGGAGUGGGAGUGGUUUACAAUUCGAGGGAACACACUCAGAAAUUCUUCUUGGCACACGAUGAUGACAUUGUCAGCUUGGCCAUCCAUCCUGAGCGAUCACUCAUUGCUACUGGUCAGUUUGGAAAGGAUCCUUACAUCUGUGUAUGGGACUCUAACAGUGUCCAGACAGUGUCUAUUCUCAAGGAUGGCCACACUCAUGGCGUUGGCUCUCUUGCAUUCAGUCCCGACGGCUCUAGAAUCGUAUCUGUCGGUCUGGACCCUAACAACAUCAUGAAUGUGUGGGACUGGAAGAAAGGCAAGAUCUUAUCUACUGUGAAAGGUCAUUCAGCUAGGAUAUUUGAUUGCCAGUUCAACCCACACAAAGAAGGUACGUUGGUAAGCUGUGGCAUGAAGCACAUCAAGUUCUGGACCCUGUGUGGGAAUGCUCUGACGGCUAAGAAGGGUGUCUUUGGCAAGGUGGGAGACAUCCAGACCAUGCUGUGUCUGGGGUUUGCACCCAACGAUGACAUCACCUAUGCAGGGACACUGAGUGGGGAUAUCUAUGUAUGGAAUGGGACCAACCUACAGAGAGUUAUACAGGAUGCUCACAGGGGUAGCAUAUAUACGAUGAACGCAGCUGAAGGAGGGUAUGUGACUGGAGGAAAGGAUGGAUGUCUGUGUCUAUGGGAUACAGACUUCAGACACAUUACCAAGAUUGACCUACACAAGACCAAGCAAGGAUACCCAGGUCUCUCGAUCCGCAGUGUCCAUUGGCUGGGUGAGCACAUCCUAGUGGGCACCCAUGACAGCGAGAUCCUGGAGAUCUUUGUACGAGAGAGAGAUAAACCCAAGGUGUUGGUGCAAGGUCAUGCAGAGGGAGAGCUCUGGGCCCUCACAGCACAUCCUAAGAAACCUAUCUUUGCCACCGGUAGUGAUGACCAGAGUGUAAGGAUAUGGCACAGUGAAGAUAAGACGUUACUGGCAAAGACAGAGAUGGAGCAAAAUGUGCGGUCGGUAGCUUUCAACCAUGAUGGCAGUCAUCUUGCAGUUGGCAUGUCAGACGGAUCCUUCACAGUACUCAAAUCAAAAGAUCUUUCAGAGAUCAUCCACAUCAAGGAUCGCAAGGAGGUCCUGCACGAGUUGAAGUAUUCUCCGGAGGGUCACUAUCUUGCUGUAGGCUCGAAUGAUAACUAUGUAGAUGUGUAUGCUGUGGAGCAACACUACAAGAAGGUUGGGCAGUGCUCUGGUAGCAGUAGCUUCAUCACUCAUCUAGACUGGUCCAAGGAUAGCCAGUAUCUUCAGACCAACAGUGGUGCUGCAGAGAGACUCAUCUAUAAGAUGCCUGCUGGAAAGCAUCUGACCAACCGAGAUGAGAUCAAACAGAUCCACUGGUACUCCUGGACCACUGUACUUGGAGCUGAAGCUAAUGGUAUCUGGCCCAAGUACUCGGACACCAAUGACGUCAAUGCAAUAGAUGCAAACUUUGAUGGAGAGGUGAUGGUGACAGGAGAUGACUUUGGCCUGGUCAAGCUCUUCAGAUUUCCCUCAUUGAAGCGAGGUGCUAAGUUCAGGAAGUAUGUUGGUCACUCUGCCCAUGUGACCAAUGUGAGGUUCACCCAUGAUAAGAGGUAUGUGGUGUCUGUAGGAGGUGGUGACCAUGCUGUCUUCCUGUGGAGGUACAACCCAGAGGGUAUUCAGAAUGAUGAAGAUUCAGGCACAGGCCAUGAUACAGGAUACAUGGAUUCAAACAGUGAGGACAGUGACUCAGACAUGUCAGAUAUGGGUGAUCUGGACUCCGACAUUGAGAAGGAGAAGGAGAUCGACUAUGAGAGGGCUGUUUACAAGGAGGACCUGGACCAACUCAAGAGACAGAACAAGACCAAUAACUCUACAGGAGAGAAGAGACGAGAUGGUCCAAGCAAAGGAAUUAAGCUAGACUUUGUGCAUGGCUAUCGAGGGUACGACUGUCGUAACAACCUGUUCUACACGCAAGCAGGUGAGGUAGUAUUCCACGUUGCAGCAGCUGGUAUUGUCUACAAUCGUGAGACGCACUCACAGCGCUUCUUCCUUGGUCACACCGAUGACAUUCUCUGCUUAUGUAUUCAUCCACGCAAGGACUAUGUGGCAACUGGACAGGUUGGCAGAGAUCCAUCAAUCUAUGUUUGGGAAUGUGAGACUCUGAAACCACUCGCUCUCCUGAAGGGCCAGCAUAAGAGAGGAGUUUGUGCGCUGGACUUUUCAGCCGAUGGGAAGAAGCUAGCCAGCGUGGGUCUUGAUGAUAAUCACUGCAUUGUUGUGUGGGACUGGAAGAAAGGUGAAAAGCUAGCUACAACGAGAGGACAUAAGGACAAAAUCUUUGUCAUCAAGUGGAAUGCUCAUGAUAAUGAUAAACUGGUCACUGUUGGGAUGAAACACAUCAAAUUCUGGACUCUAGCUGGUGGUGGCUUCACAUCAAAACGUGGUACAUUCGGUAACAUCGGCAAACCUGACACCAUGAUGUGUGUUUGCUAUGGACGGUCACCAGAGAUGACGUAUUCUGGAGGUGCCAAUGGUAACAUCUACCACUGGCAGGGGACCACCUUACUGAGGACGGUCAAAGCACAUGAUGGUCCAUGCUUUGCCAUGCAUUCCUUGGACAAGGGCUUUGUGACAGGUGGAAAGGACGGCAUGAUUGCUCUUUGGGAUGAAGCCUUUGAACAGUGUCUCAAGACCUACGCUGUCAAGAAGUCCAGUUUGUCCCACGACUCCCAUGGUACUCUGACCAGUGACAUGCCAGCCAUUCGGUCAGUGGUGCUAGGACAUGGACACAUUCUAGCAGGGACCAAGAACAGUGAGGUCCUACAGAUUGAGAAGAGUGGACCUAUCAAACUACUCGUUCAGGGUCACAUGGAGAGUGAGGUAUGGGGUCUAGCUGCUCACCCAACAAAGGACGUCAUAUCAACGGUUAGCGAUGACCAGACGUUACGUCUGUGGGACAUUGGAGAAGCCAACAAGCUGCUGAAUGUUAGGAAGCUGAAGACAGGUGCACGGUGUUGUGAUUUCUCUCCUGAUGGCAAGGGAUUGGCUGUAGGAUACAAAGAUGGCAGUUUUUCUGUGCUGGACAGUGAGACACUCAAUGACAUUGCAGGAUUCCAUCAUAGAAAAGAAGAAAUCUCUGACGUCAAAUUCUCACCUAAUCCUGGAAAAUACCUAGCAGUAGCAUCUCAUGACAACUAUGUGGACAUCUACAAUGUAAUGAACAGCAAGAGAGUUGGUACAUGUAAAGGAUCAUCCAGUUAUAUUACACAUACAGAUUGGGAUCGAUCAGGCAAACUUGUCAUGUCCAAUUCCGGUGCCAAGGAACAGCUGUUCUUUGAAGCCCCAAGAGGCAGGAGGCAUGCCAUACGUAACAUGGAGAUAGAGCGUCUCAACUGGGCAUCGUGGACCUGUGUCCUGGGACAUACCUGUACAGGUAUCUGGCCUGCCAAGAGUGAUGUGACGGACGUCAACGCUGGCUGCUUGUCACAUGAUGGCACAACUUUUGCAACGGGAGAUGACUUUGGAUUUGUCAAGCUGUUCCAGUGGCCUGUUGCGGGGAAGAAUGCCAAGUUCAAGAAGUACGUCGGACACAGCGCCCAUGUGACCAACGUCAGGUGGUCACAUGAUGAUAGGAAGCUGAUAUCUGUAGGUGGGGCUGAUACCUCUAUCAUGGUAUGGUCACGAGAUGGCGCUGGUGAAAGCAAUGCGUGUGGAGAUAGCGAUGACUCAGACACAGACUCAGAGGAAGAAGGUUAUGACAGUGAUGUUCAGCGUGAGAAGGACAUGGACUAUUCAGCCAAGACAUACUCAGGUCCAAAGAGAGAUAUGGCUGGAGUUAAGCCUCAUCUAAGGGAUGUAGAGGAUGAUGAUGCGCCUAGUUGCAGCAGGGCUGCAGCCAGACCCACUAAAGUUAAGAAGAGUGAUGUAGAUACAGGCAAGAGGAAAAGGCCUGGCCAAGUAGAGGAGUUAGUACUGCAACACAUCCAUGGCUAUCGAGGCUAUGACUGUAGAAACAACCUCCAUUACCUCAAUGACGGUGCUGAUAUCGUCUAUCAUGCCGCUGGAGCUGGCAUCGUCCAAAACCUUGAAAAAGGGAGCCAGAGCUUUUACCUUGAGCACACGGAUGACAUCAUAUGCCUGACUGUCAAUCAGCACCCCAAGUAUCCCAACGUUAUAGCGACCGGUCAGAUCGGUGAGACACCAGCGGUCAAUGUCUGGAAUGCAGAGACCAAGGAGACAUUGUCACUCAUACGAGGGUUCCACACCAAGGGUGUUUGCUCAGUGAACUUCAGUGCGUCCGGGAAGCUAUUGCUGACCGUUGGCAUCGACCAGAACCAUUCAUUUGCCGUAUGGAGAUGGCAAGAUGGUUCUAGGAUUGCAAGUGGUGUUGGACACACGAAGCGAAUCUUCAUGGCCGAAUUCAGACCGGACUCUGAUUCUCAGUUUGUGACGGUUGGUGUGAAGCACGUCAAGUUCUGGACGGUAGCAGGUAGUCAGCUCCUAGGCAAGAGAGGUCUACUCAAGAGAUCUGGUACCAAUCCACAGGAAUCCAAGAUGCAAACCAUGCUCUCAAUAGCAUUCGGAGCAAAUGAGACCACAUUUACUGGAUCUAUGUGCGGUGAUGUGUAUGUAUGGAAGGGUCAUAUGUUAGCUAAAGUGGUUACCAGAGCUCACCAAGAUGCCGUAUUCACUCUCUACACAACCCUCAAAGAUGGACUCAUCGUCUCAGGAGGCAAGGAGAAGGCUGGACGUAGUGGAAAUGCAGUGAAGUUAUGGGACCAGGACAUGAAGAAAUGUAAAAACUUCCAGCUCAGCACAGGCAACAAGAUGGAUGUCGUCAAGAGUGUCUGUAGGGCCAAGGGAAAGAUCCUGAUAGGUACUAAGGAGAGUGAGAUAUUUGAGAUUGACGAGAAGAAAGGAACAGUAACCAAUCUAAGCCAGGGUCACGGUGAAGGGGAGCUAUGGGGUCUCGCUGCUCACCCUACCAAAGAAGUAUUUGCAUCAGCUAGUGAUGAUACAACCAUUAGAAUAUGGGAUGUUCCUAACAAGAAAAUGUUGAACAAGGCAGUGAUUGGGACUGCAGCCAGGUCUAUAACCUACAGUCCUGAUGGUGAGAAGCUAGCUGUUGGUCUCAAGAAUGGAGAGUUUGUCAUCUUAACUGUAGCUACUCUAGAGAUGUGGGGACGCAAGAGAGACAGGAGCAAAGCUAUACAGGACAUCAAGUUCAGCCCAGACUCUAAAUACCUUGCUGUAGCAUCUGACGAUGGCAGCGUUGAUUUCUAUGACAUCAGCGCAGGGUCUGCACUAUCAAGGGCUGGCUUCUGUAAAGGUAUCUCAAGCUUCGUAGUGCAAAUAGACUUCUCAGCUGACAGCAAAUAUAUACAGAUUGGUACGGGGACCUAUCAACGCCUAGUCUACACAGUGCCUAGUGGUAAACCAGUAACAGAGAACAGUGAUAUUCAGAACAUCACGUGGGCUACAUGGACAAGUGUUGUUGGUCAAGAAGUGGUAGGAGUUUGGCCAAGGAAUGCAGACAAGGCUGAUGUGAACUGUUCCAUUGUCAGUGGACAAGGCAAUGCAAUAGCAACAGGAGAUGACUUUGGCUUUGUGAAGCUUUUCAAUUUCCCAUGUGCAGAGCUAUAUGCACCUCACAAGAAGUAUGUUGGUCAUUCUGCUCAUGUGACCAAUGUGAAGUUCAUCUAUGAUGACAGACAUCUUAUCUCCACUGGAGGUGAUGAUUGCUGCUUGUUUGUGUGGAAAUGUAGGUGAGAUUUGAUCACCAGUCUUGAGAAGCACGCUUCAAUGCAGGGUUUCACGCCACAUUCUGAAAGUCACUUUCAAAGGAUGGGACAUUAUGACCAGGAUUUCUUUCCAUAUUUUGUAUAUCAGAGAUACCAUGAACAGUUCAGUGAUAUUCAAGUCUCUAUGUUGUCUUCAUAGUUCUGAAUGUGUAAUGUUGCUUUGGACUUUCUUCCAUUUGUAAAUGGUGUUUGCCAUUGUUAUGUUUAUAGUUAGCAGGGAUUAUAUCUUGUGCCAAAAGCAUUGUCAAAAAUCUAGCGGAACAUAAGCGAGUUUAGACUGGAGACAGAUGUGAAAUUUAAAACAAUUUGUACUAUAUGUACUUCUGAAAUCUUUUGUUUUUGUAUAGCAUGGUAUGGUAGAUAUUUUCUUAUUUGUUGGUCUCUUGUAAUUAUUUUCAACAUUAUUUUGUCAAUGAAAAAAAAGACUUACUUAUACCACCCCCAUCGUACCCCAAUCCCUUCCCUAAAUCCCUGGUCAAGACAACUGUAGGAUUAGGACAAAUAGGAAGAUAAGGAGAAAAUAAAAAUUGAAGUUAUGAUUUUGGGAUGUCUACCAGCUUAUGUCAGCAUUUGCACAUGCAUAAUCAUGGGUACCCAUGUCUUACGCACACUUGAUGCACUCAAUUUUGUUUCUCCCUGACUCCUUGAAUGGCAUGUAAACUGUUGACUCUGUUGAGUGAUGUCCAUAAUGACUGGAUUACUCCAUUUUAUCAGUUUUAUUUUCACUCAUACUUUUUGACACAUCGUGCACAAUUUUAUAGAAGAAUACAGAAGACCCACAUGCCUUAUAUAUAAAUUUGUAUCAUUCAGGAACAUUGAAGGGAUUCACACUCUUCCUAAAAAAAUAUCAGUAGACCGUAAAUUGAUAUAAUUAAUUUUUUGUGAUGAAUUUGAACGCGAAAGAAUAUUCUGAAGUCUCCAACGUAGAUCCAUAAAACAAUUGUGCCUUACCAAAUCAUUGAUGGUGUAGACUAGAAUGACACAAGGCAUUAAGGACAUUCUUGAUCACAUGUGAUUAGACAAUCAAAGAAAAAAGGUAAUGUGGUACUUGGAUGCCAUUGUGCAGCAUAGAAUGUAUUCAGGUGUUAUUUUUGGUUUCUUUUUUUUUCAGAACUCUCUUUUUUCUUUUUCUUGUCUUUCAUAGACCAUACCAAAUCAAUCUAGGUACAAGAGUAUUUCAUAUUGAACAAAUUAUGUGUAGUCCUCAUAUGAAUAUUUUGAAGUAUUGAUUUGAAACUCACUUUCAUGAAAGAGCUUUUCAACUACUAGAUGUAUGAAUUGAGUCAGAAACUAACGUUUGUUUGUUAAUAUGUCAUAAUGUGCUUUCUACUGUCUUCUCUUUCAUAAGACAUUACCUCUCAAAAUCGAUGUGUUGAAGACUUAUAUUUGACGUAUAAGUAAAUUGAAUCAUUAUGAAGCAUAACUAACCUUUAUGAACAAUCUAAAAUCAAGAAGAAUACAUUAAGAUAUUGGUAGAGAAAAUAUAAUUCAUGUCCAUUUAAAUAUAAAGUAAAUGUACCAGCCUUUGUGUAUGCUUACGGUAGUACCUUAGUCCCAGAUUAACCACAAGUGCAAUUGAACUGAAAGUCCUUGAAAGUAACACCAAUGUAGGUAACAUGAUGAUACGUUUGAAAUUUUGUAUCUUGUUUUGAUGGAAAAUGAAUUUAGAAGAAUGCUUCAUUUUAGAGUUGGAUUAACAGUACAAGAUUACCUAUUCAAUCAACAUAAAAACAAAACAUGAUUCAUAAUAUUUUGAACAGAUGUGAAGGCGUGGUAAAUAUUAUUGAUAAUGUUUGCAGUUGCAGAGAUUCUCAACCUGAUAUUGGGUGUGAAGCCAUAUACCUUCCAAGCAAUCAAACCACAAAUUACAUCUUUAAACUCAUUUUGUAAGUAGCUUUUAACAACUCUAGAAAUCUUCAAAAGCAUAUACCCCCCCCCCCCCCAUGAACCCUCCUUUACAUGUACCAGUUUUGACAUGCACAUUACAUUCACAUAACAUUUGAUCUGAUAUGCUCUGUCAUAAAUUAUGUUAUAUUAAUCAUGGAACUGGAUGGAUCAUUGACCAAUUUUUCCUUUCAAUGACCAGGACAUUUGUCUUGUUUCUUUAUUUACUGACCCAAGGUCAAUUCUACAGUAUUCUAGCUCAUUUUGCUCAUUAGAUAUGGAUUUUUCUUUUUAAUUGGCAACCUGUGAAAACAUAUACAAAAAUACUUGUAAAGCUUCUGUAAUAUGUCCAAGAACACUGUGUCUUGAGAAGUUUUAGUGAGCUUGACAAUUUUAAGGGAAAAAUGAAUGAAUUCAGCAAUGUUUGUGUUACAAAGUGUAGGCCUUUGGUCAUCAAUUAAUUGAUUGUAAUGAAAACAAGAGAGCUGAUAUAUUCAUAUCAUUGUGACAUUGCUGUUCACCUGAAACAGAAUGGUAUUAUAGUUUUGUUAGAGUAGCAAAUUACAGGUUAAAAGCAAAAUGCAAAUUUAUUUGUUUGUACAUGGAGAUUGAAUAGGCAAUUUCUAAGAUGAAGAAAAUAGCCACUUUCUUCCAACAUUGGCAAUGUCUGUCAGUAAACGAGUCAAACAUGCAUACAAAUAUUCUCACCAUUGUUAUUUGAGAAUUGUUAUUUGCUUAUGGCUUGCUAAUUAGCAUUAAAAGGAACAUGGGUGCAUGUAAAUGCAACACAAUUUCUACCUUGAUCACUAAGAAGAGAAACUCAUAAGCAAGUUUACAACAAAACACUUGUAUUAUGACUUAAUUAAUAAUAAGCUGGAGGAAAAUGCAAGUUUUGGGGUCAAUUUUUGAACGUUGUGAACAAUAUAAAAGCGUAUUGUUUUUCAUUUUGUGUAUUUUUGGUCUUGUUUUUCAAUGGAGAAACAACAUGUACAUUGACAAUUUAUUAUUGUUUUUCGUUUUUUUUUAAUGUGUUUACCUGUUUUGAUAUUUGACAGACUUUGCCUGUCUAUUUCAGUGAAAGAUACCUUUGGUGUUUUGAAGUAAAUGUUUUACUGGUGAAAAGAAUGAAUCACUUGGAACCCUCUGUCUUGACUCGGUGUUCUUUUUAUUUUUUAUAUUUUUCUUUACUUUUUGUAAAUGUUGAAUAAUGUAGAUACAUUUUAUAUUUCAAUUACAUGUAUACUGGCAUAGAAAUAUAGCAUAUACCUAGAUUGUAGAAGUACUUAAUGAUUAUAUAUUGUGCUGCAAAUAGAAUAGGAUUUCAUUCUGUUUAUUACUUGAUUACUGUUCAUAUGCAUUAAAACUGAAAUGAGCUUUGUUGCAAUUGUCAGCAUUCCACACAUUGUGAAAUACUGAUGUUCUAAACAAGCAUUUGUUUUAAAAAAAUUGUUCUGUAAAAAGGAAAGAAAAGGGUAAAAUUUCAAGAUUAUGUUUCGAUAUAUAUAUGGAGACCAAUGUAAUGCAUCAAGAUUUCACAAUGACUCUGAAGCUUAUAUGCUGCUAUGUCAGUAUUGCUGCAUUCAGUGUAUUAUUCUUGAUUUCCUAGGCAAUCAAACAUGACAUAGUUGUUGAAAGACACAUUUUCUUAUAAUUCCUAAUGGUUGAUUCUAUUCAGUCGUUUGAAAUGAUAUUGCAUAAAAUGUCAAAUUGAGCAUCUUUGUAAUACCCGAUGUAAAUUGUAGCAAUUUAUUGAUUAUCAGUGGUGUCAUGUGUACAAUCUGGACUUCAUUAAGUCAUAUUAAAUAACUUUUCAUAAAAGAA